AUGUCAUGUGAUAAUUUUCCAACUUGUUUGAUACUUAUAAUUGACAACAAAGUAAUUGGACAUUGCAAAAUAUCACUAGUACCUAAACUCAAUGGCAGCUGUUUCAUAGAAUCAGUUGUUAUCGAUUCAGAAUAUCGAUACCGAGGCCUCGGUUCAAUACUUUUGCGUGGCACAGAAGACUACGUUUUGACCAAAAACAUAAAAAGUAUUUACCUCGCAACAAAAGGGCAAGAACAAUUUUACCAAAAAAAUGGAUAUUACAACUGCGAGCCCAUCGAUUUGUGGGACUGUAGAGCAGUCUCAAAACCCAUUGAUGUAAUACGAAAAAAAUAUACACACAAAGAAAAAUGCUCCGGGCCGCCACCGCCUCCACUGCCUAAUUUAUUUUCUUUUAAAAAGUCAAAAAUUACCACAUCUAAAACCUACAUGGUAAAACAUUUAUAA